AUGGAACAGUACCUCGUGCAUGAGACGACAGCGUUGACCUCCAUCCCAUCGAUGUCCAUCAACGAUCCACCAAUCCAUGCUGGUGAGCAUCAUCAAUUAUGGCUAGAAAUCGACGGCGACGAUGGAGGAAUUCAACUCUUCUUGCAUGACGCGGGAACCAAAUCCAUCAUCGUGGACCAUCCUAUUGUGCUACUAGAAGGCCAAGUUCUUCUUCAUCACUAUACCCCACCUCCACCGUCAUGCUCGAUACUGUAUGUUCGCGUUGAGUACGUGGUUACAUCAUGGCCGGUCGACUGGCCCGCUGGCCGCUUCAAGGCUCUCGCCCACCUUCCAUCUCCCGGCCAGCAUCGCGUUGCCCUCACGACCCCAACUUUCCAUCGUCGCACGCAUACGCUCCACUACGAUCCUCCACUCCCUUCCUCGACCACAGACCAAACUGUAUCGCCGUAUAAACUCCGCUUUGCUCUCCAGACAUGCCCCGACACAGACGGAUCCAUUGAUGCCCCCGCGGGUGUCGACGGCAGUCUCCCCGCCGCCCUCGCCAUCCUCCAAUUCAAUGCGCUCCUCCUUCAGGCCAUGAUGGCCACGUUGCAGCAAGCACAUGGUCUACCGGCACGUACAUUUGCCUUCGACGAUAUGGACACAUUUGGACAGCCUCGUGUGCAUGCCUGGUCCUCGCCUAAACUCACGACGUCCACCAUGGCAGCCAUGGACGACCAAGAGAUCUUUCGCGUGAUUCGGCGAGAACUUCCAGUGAAUCAUGAUCCCAUUCUCCAUGUGAUCGUGACGGGCUGUUGCCGAUUCAACGCCUCGUCCGGCCGCGCUGUAGGGCAUGUCGCCAACGGCGCCGACGGAUUGCCACGCGUGGCGCUGUUUGGCGGAUGCGGCCUCCACACGUGGGCCUCGAGCGUGCGCGACGUCGUCUCCAAGUUCACCGACGCUACUAAAAUUCCGUCGACGUUGCUGGACGACAGUGGGCAUCGAGGCACGUUUGGGGGGUCGUACGCCACGGGCAUCGGCGCACUCUUGCACGAGAUGGGCCAUGCGCUCGGCCUGGGUCACGCGCCGCCAGGAACGAUCAUGAGUCGGGGCGGGGACGACAUCCAUCGUCUGGUGUGCGUAUUUGACAUGGACGGACGCCACAUCUCCGACGACAGAGGCGGCGCGGCGUGGCAUCCGGCCAACGCGGUCAAGCUGGACCACUCGCCGUAUCUCCGCCGGUUGUCGCCAGCUCUGACGUUAUUUCAUCAACAUCGUCACAACAGGAACGGACCGACGAUACAGUGGCGCCAUGACUUUCUUGGGCCGGCGGGAUUCGCCUACAUGGACGGUCCCCAGCGUCCGUUCCGCGUGAACUUCCGCCGUGGGGGUUGCAUCCAGAUGGAUCUUCUCCUAGACAAGGCUGACAUUGUUGUAGGUGGUGGUGCCAACGAGGAUGACGAUAUGCGGUUUUGUCUAGAUGAAAGUGAAGUUGUCAUGGCAGUGACUGUCCAUGCAGUGGCGUGGGUCGAUGGCCUCCAACUGCACACGAAUGUUCGGGUCACGAAAGUGUACGGCCGCGCCAACGACCUCCCCCCCGCCCGCUUUGAAGCCCCUCGUGGCAUGCAAGUGACGGCGUUGGCAGGAACGUUGGGACGGCGCCAUAUUGGCCGAUUGGGGGUAUACACAUCGCCCCUGCAAACCACGAACGACAGUGGAUGUAGUGCCUCUGCACUAUUUGGCACCACCGCGUUGAAGACAAUGGUCAUACAUGUUCCUUCCAUCCCUCUGCCACCACCAACGACACUAUCGCCACCACCACCACUACCAUCAUCAUCAUCGGCCCUUUUCCAUCCCCCCUCUCCGUGGACAUCAUUCUUGUCGAUGCAGAAUUGGACCGAGCGAGCCCAUCACCUCUUGCUGCGUCAUGAACACAUUGUCCAGCUGGACGUGGCGAAAGACGCCGACGGAGUCGUGUGUGGCGUGGGUCUGCAUUCGCACUUUCGAGCGUUUCCAUGGCAAGGCGGGCGCACCAACCGGUUGGAGUUUGUCAUCGCCCCAACGGGGUUCGAGGUUGAGUCAUUUCAUGUGCGGCACGACACAGUGGACGUCUCCUUCGCCCAGCUCCCACCUCGAAAUUGUCUGGAUCUGGAAUCACACCGCCAGGUAUGGCAGUGGAGGCGGUCUGAUUUCGAUGAAGCGAACGUCCAAGUGUCGUCUACACUUGGGAUCGCUGCGAUCAUCCUCACGCAAAUCAACCAAGGGUACGACCUCGUCGAGCAUGUCUUGCCUUGGCCAAAUGAGAAUGGGCAUCCAUUUCCCACAACGUGGUUCGUGUCGUAUUCGUGGUGGCGCCACGUCAUUGGAACGAACGCCACCCCCGCCGACUACAUCCUCGAAGUCGUGGACGUCGCUGGUACCACCACAAAAGCCGAGUGUGCGGCCAUGUACUUGGACGAGCCUGACAUGGCCACCGACAGCGAUGGAAACCACUGA